AGUAGUUGUUUCCCAUAUUCAAUUUUCGAAAUCUCUGGGUGGUUGUGUAAUUAACCCAUUUCAGCGAUACCCAAUUCCGUGAUUUUACACAUCUAGGCGGGAAAGAAAAACGAGCCCCUAAACCAGAGCAGCUUCCUCCAAAACUCAGUUUCAGAAAUUCCUUCAUCGUCAACGAAGCUUUCGAGGUACUCGCCUUGUCGUUUUAAUCUCCAUUUCUCGUUGAUUUGGAGUGGGAAAUAGUCUGUGUGUUUGUGUUUAGGAGUUACCGUUAUGAGUUUUCGCAGACAUUGAUGGCGCUAUUUCCAACUUAAUCCUGAGAUACUCAAAUCUUUUAUUGCUUCCGGCUUUGUGAAUAACGUCUCAGCUCUUGCAAGCAAAAAAUGGAGAGAAUAUAUGUGACGGUUAGGGCAAGGCCACUGUCUACUGAGGACGCAAAGGCAAGUCCAUGGAGAAUCUCCGGAAAUUCCAUUUUUAUUCCUAACAAUCCCUCAAAGUUUGAAUUCGACCGGGUUUUUGGAGAAGAUUGUAAAACAUUAGAUGUUUAUCAAGCUCGUACCAAAGAUAUUGUUGCUGCCGCCGUUCAUGGCUUCAAUGGCACGGUUUUUGCGUAUGGACAAACCAACAGUGGAAAAACAUAUACAAUGCGAGGCUCACUCAAUGAACCUGGGGUCAUCCCUCUUGCUGUGCAUGAUUUGUUUGACAUCAUACAAGAGAAUGUGGAUCGGGAGUUCCUUUUGCGAAUGUCUUAUAUGGAAAUCUAUAAUGAGGACAUAAAUGACUUAUUAGCACCUGAGCACCGAAAACUGCAGAUCCAUGAAAGUUUGGAGAGGGGGAUUUAUGUUGCUGGUUUGCGAGAAGAAAUUGUUGCUUCUCCUCAGCAAGUUCUUGGUCUUAUGGAGUUUGGAGAAUCUCAUAGGCAUAUUGGAGAGACAAAUAUGAAUGUAUACAGUAGUCGAUCGCACACCAUUUUCCGCAUGAUAAUUGAGAGUCGGGACAAGACAGAAGAUAGCAAUAUUAGCAAUUCUUGUGAUGCUGUUCGUGUAUCAGUUUUAAAUUUAGUUGAUCUUGCAGGAUCAGAACGUGCUGCAAAAACUGGUGCAGAAGGUGUUCGGCUCAAAGAGGGUUCCCACAUUAAUAAAAGCCUGAUGACACUUGGAACUGUGAUUAAAAAAUUGAGUGAAGGGGCUGAAAGCCAAGGGGGUCAUGUUCCAUAUCGAGAUAGCAAACUUACACGCAUUUUACAACCUGCUCUAGGUGGAAAUGCAAAUACAGCUAUAAUAUGCAAUAUCACCCUUGCACAGAUUCAUACAGAUGAAACAAAAAGCAGUCUCCAGUUUGCUAGUAGAGCAUUAUGUGUCACCAAUUGUGCUCGCGUUAAUGAGAUACUGACAGAUGCUGCUUUGUUAAAGCGUCAAAAGAAGGAAAUUGAGGAGCUUCGAGCCAAAUUGCAGGCAUCUCAUUCAGAACACUUGGAGGAAGAGAUCCUUAAUUUAAGAAAUACUUUAUUACAGUCUGAAUUGGAGAGGGAACGUAUAGCAUUGGAGUUGGAGGAGGAAAAAAAAGUCCAAGCAGAGCGUGAGAGAGUGUUGCAAGAGCAAGCUAAGAAAAUAAAAAACUUGAGCUCAAUGGUGUUGUAUUCAAAUAGGGACGAGAACCGUGAUCAUUUGAAAAAGGAGAAGAGACGAGAUACUUGGUGCCCCAGUAAUCUUUCACAGGGGACUUUUCGAGAGGUGUAUGCAAAUGUCGAAGUGCAGGUACCUGAUGUAAAAUCGAUGAGAACUGAGUGUGAUCUGGGACCAGUUCUUCCUUUUGAACAGUUGUUGAAUGAGACUGAAGUGGUUGACGAGUCAAGCAAACAAGAUGAAGAUUGCAAUGACGAUUCAUCACAAAAUUGUAAUCUUCCAGGUCCACGUACUUUAUUGCAUGUAACAAACAGAAGAAAAGUACCACUGAGGAAGCAAAGCACUCUGGACAGUGAACUAGAGGAACUGCAAGCAGAGUAUGAAGAUUUGCUUUUGAAAUUUGAGUCUCAGAGAACUAUGAGCGAGAUACAAAUUGACUGCCUAACAAGAAAUCUGGGUGAGGCUGAUUUAUCCUACAACAUGAAAUUGAAUGACUGUUCCAUAUAUAGUGUUGAUAAAAGUACCCCUUCUGGGGACGAAAGUGUGAAUACAAAGGAAUCGGAGGCUAUUCUUGUUGUUAAGCAACUUCAAGAGAAGAUUAAGUUGCUGGAAAUGGAGAAGUCCUCAAGCCAGCAAAAUCUGGACAAUCUUGCGGAACCAGCCAUGGAGCAGAAUGUUUGCGCUAGGGAGAAGUUUAAUGAGUUCUCGAUGGAGAUCCAAGAAAUAAUGUGUGAACUUCAAAACAUAAAAGAAGUGGUGGAUGCUGUCUCAUCUGUUGUCGAUGAUGUUUUCCAGAGUUUGUCUGCCAUAUACAAGGAGUACAGUGAAUUCAAGGCAUUGAUGCACCUGAUUACUGUUCAGCAAAAUUCAGUUAUUAGUGGCCAUGAGAAGUUACACUUUUGCAUGAGACACAACAUUUCUGAAUUAGAGAGUGAGAAGGUUCUUCUGGAUAACCAAUCUGUUGAUUUGCAGAGGCAGAAGCAUGAAGCACUGUUGGAACAACAAAAUUUGGAAAAAUCUAAAUUUCUUUCUCAUAUUCAAACUCUUGAAAAGGAACUAUUGUGUCUGUCAUCUUCUUCAUUGGUCAAGGAAAAGGAAAGUUUGAGAAAAGAUCUUGAGAAAACGAAAACAAAAUUGAAAGAGACUGAGUUCAAACUUAAGAAUGUGAUUCAGGAGAAAACCAAAUUAGAGGGUGAGAAAGCAAUUGCUGAACGAGAAAUUAAACGACUGCAUGGUCAGAAGACUCUUCUUGAGCGUGAUAUAAGCAAACGUGACUCCCUUGCUAGUAAGAAGCGUGAUUCAAUUGUUGACCGAAGCUCAAAGGUAUCUGAUCCAAAAAGGGGAAAGAGUUUUAGUGUGCCCUAUGAACAAAUGCAGGAAGAUUACAAAAACUUGGAAGUGCUUGCAUUUGAAAUGGAGACAACUAUUGCUUCUCUAGAGGCAGAAUUAGCAGGUAAGUGUAGGGAAGGAGAGGAGGCUAUAUUGAGAAAUGAAACAUUGGCUUUGGAACUGGAAAUCUUGUCUGAGAAGUUCAAAAGAUCACAUAUUGAACUGAAUAUGUUGCAAGAAGAGGUUUCAGGCCUUAAGCUUAGCUUAGAGGAAUCUAAGUCCAACGAGCAGAAAAUGCAAAGCUCUGUUCAAAUGUUGCUUAAGGAAAAGGAAGAAUUGGCUGUGCAACUGAUGAAUUCCCUUUUGGAAAUGGAGGAGGAAAAGGCAAUAUGGUCUGCUAAGGAGAAAGCUUCUAUUGAAACCAUAGAUGAAAAAGUAAAAUUAUACCACACAGAGACCAUGUCAUUAUCCAAAAGAAUGUUAGAGGUGGAAAAUGAACUACAAUCUUCUAGAGAAGAAUGUGAGGUCCUCAGGGAAAGAUUGAUGUGUUUAGAGCAAGAUAUAAAAUUUGAGAAGAAAUGCAGUUUGCAGAAAUCUUUAGAGAUAGAUAAACUGAGAAAUGACCUAGAAUCAGUGGAACACAAGAGUAACCAAGUUGAGGAAAUGUUGAAGUCAAAGUUGGAGAAGCUCACUUCGGAUUUUCAGCAGGCUCAGGAGAAAGUAAAUAAGGGACACAAUGAUAACAUUGAAUGGGCAAAGCUCAGAAUGAGGCUGAGAUGGACACAAGUGCAUUUAGAUGCCUUGCGGCGAAGAUACAGGCAAGCAGUGGUGGAAUCUGAUAAUAUGAACAAGCAAUUUGAGGAGGCUUCGGCAAAGCUGAAGGAGCUAUUGGCUUCCAAAGGAAUUGAAGUUCUCAAUCUUAAGAAGCAGCUGACUGCUUUAACGGGUCAAUAAAUUCUAACUUUUAUUGCCUACAUGUAAACUAACUAAUACCGUAAUUCUUUCCUCAAAUUAAUUCAAUUUAGUUUCCUACCCACCAAUUUUAGCGUGCUCUCUGUUGAGUUUUCAUGCUAAACGUUCAGCAUGAAAACUAUUAUUAAAGAGAAAUCGUUUUGUAUCCAAUCUUGUGAGCUAGCUAAGUUGACAAGGUAUGUUAUAAUUAAGCAGUUUUCAUAUAAUAUUAUUGUAAUUAAAUUAACCUAAAUAAUUUAUUUUUGAGGGGAGACAGGGGUUUAAACUAAAAUCACUAUCUCCCAACUUAAAAUUAGACCAAAUUAGCUAAAUUCCAUUUCUGUA